AUGGACCCCCACCUCCCCCCAUUGAGCCGGAAGUGCAGUUACAACACGUUCGAGGAAACAAGCUUAACCAGAGGGUCCCAGAAGUCUCCCAUCACAGCACUAACCAUGCCCUUCCCUCCUUAUCUUCAGAGGUCUGAGGGGAUCUGGCUUUCACAAGCAGAGCUCUUCAAAUACUGCCGUGUGCCUCUUCAUGCAAACACUCUGAGGGAACUCUGCUUCAGCAAACUCUCUGGGCCAUAG